GUAUCAAGUUUUCCUGUACUGCUUUUUGUUUGAGUCUAGUUUUUUUGUUUUCAAAAUUAAAAAACAUUAGUUCAGUAAAUAGUCAAAUGAACAACAUUUUCCUACUCGAAACAUGUUUACGAGUAUAAUUAGACACCACAUGAUUUUUUUUGAAACUACAUUUAGUUGUAAAAUGAUGAAAGUUUUUAUGAAAUUGAGAGUUUCGUAGCAGUUGUUGGUACUACGUACAAAAUUAUAAAAAUACAGGGUAGCAUAAUAUGAUUCGAAUCUUGGAUGCUUUCAAUUUUAAAAAAUUGGUCUUAUGUUGUCGUAUUGCCAGGAGAAUCGGAAGCAUAAAGAUUCCAAUUUGCUUCAGCAGUGUUCGUAGUUGAAGCGUGAUUUCAGAAUAUACUAUGACCUCUAUAAAGACCAUUUUGUUGCUCAAGUUACCCAUGUUUGUAAUAUUCUUUGAGCCGUAGUAGUUGCAAUGAAAAAUAAAAGAUUCAAACAAAAUUGCUUUCAAUCAUUCAUUCAUUCACUACAGCCAAACAUCAUUCACAAAAAUAAUUUCAUCCCCAGAAUCUAGUAUCAUCUAGAUAUUGUCAAGAGUGUCUUCUGGAGCAUAUUCUUCUCCAUUCUUUGACGAAGAAGUUGUAUCUGCACGAUCUUCAGUAAUCACACUCUCAUCAACCUCAUUGACUGUAUCUGCUCCACCGCCACGCUCUGCAUCCUCACGAUCCGACUUGUUUCCAUUGUUGUUCUCAUCCAAUGCACCUUUCAAGUUCCAUUCGAAUGGAUCAGUCCUGAAAGUGAAAAUAUAAUACAAGUGACUGCUCAACUAUCAUACAUCUUGACUCCUUUUGGAAGAUCAGCCUUCAACUUCUCCAUGAAACUGCCAUAUGGAGGUGUCUCUUUGUAAGUUAACUUCCGAAGGGUAGUCGCAAUUUCCAAGAAUGAUUUUGGACAACCCUGCAAGCAGAGUUUUGCUAAUUUUAAUACUAACAGUAAUACCUUGCACAGCUGAACAUCGGUAGUCUUCUCUUUCAAAGCAGAAGUUUCUUUUUUCGGUUUUCCUUUCCAAGGAAGAGUGGAGGUAGCAGUCUCGAUCAUGGCAUACAGUGCUCCAUACAAAUCAUCAUGUCUCCCCUGUAAAAACGUAUGUUUAGAGGUAGACACACGUGGCACUAACUUGCUCCUUAUGCAAAUGCACAUUCAAACUACAAUAGCGAACAGUUCCACGAAACAUUGACUUGUUACGUGGCUCUCUCAAUUUCAGCUUGCCACUUGCAUCCGGAAGCAUGAUCUGACGUGAUAAGCCAAAAUCGAAAAUGUAGACAACUUGUUCGUUCUUGACUCCCAACGCCAUGUUGCUAGGUUUAACGUCACGAUGAACAAACCCAGCUUCAUGCAUAUCCUAAAGUUUAGAUAUUCUUAAUUUCCUUUCAAAACUAUAUGUACCUGGAGAGCUUUGACAAGUUGAAUGAAAACACGAACAGUUGAUGGUGCAGACAUUUUACGCUGUGGCAGUCUUCGACGAACAUCUCCAAUUUCUUUUCCAAGAACACUCAUCACCAUGUAAGUAUAUGUUUCGGUUUUCCCGGACCCCAAAAGACGACAAACGUGGCGAGAGCUGAAAAAGGAAAAUUAAAGAUAAAAAUUACAAUUUGGACUUAUGUACUUUUGCAACUUCUUCAACACAUACACUUCCAUUUUAAGAAUUUCAUCCUCCUUAUUCUUCAUCAAUGGUUCUACUUUCAUUGCAGCACUUCCCUUCUAUAAUAGUUCUUAUAGUAAUUGAAUACUUUCUUUCAAACUAACUCCUUGAAUCAGAUCCACGAGGAAAACCUGACCACAAGCACCUUCUCCCAACUUUUUCUUCACAGUGAACUGAUCCUUGAUUUUGUCGCCCAUAUUGACUUUCACUGGCGCAAUUGGAGUUCCCAUACUGGAAUAGGAUGAUAAUUGUCAGUUUUAGAAGUCUAAAAAAUUCUUACCUUGAAGUAUGACUUACGAAAGCUUUUUGCUCGAAAGAUAUCCAACAAAAAUUUGGAGAAGUAAAACUGAACUUUAUCAAUAGAACAAUCUAACGAUGAUUUUUGUUUUUUUUAGUAUUGUACGGCAAUGCCACGAUAAUUUAUUUUGUAAUUUUUCAAAUUAAAUAUUUUUCACGCAAACAAACAAUUUCUCAAAGUCUACAAAGACUACAGCCAAGAGAAAUCAAUAGACAGCUUAUUUUAUUGUCAGUUUACCAAUUGUGAAAAGCACCCCCGCCACGCCCAGAACGACCGGAAUAAAAAACAUUAAAAAUCGGAAAAAACCUGAAUUUUCUAGAAGAAAAAUAAUUGUAAGGUUAAACAAAAAUUAUUAAUCAAAAUUCUAAUUUUCCGCUACGUGAAAACCUUUGAGUGAUCCUGUUAAAAAACAACUCAACAAAAAAACUUCCAACAGUUUCACAAUUUUGAAUCAUUGUUUAAUUUCUUCCGGAUUACUCUUUACACUUCAAUAAACAAUUUACAAUGAUGACUCCUACGGAUUUCAUGAGAUCAUUCAUAAGCCAAUCUUGGCUGGAGGAUGAAAUCGAAGGAUCAAUCCGACAAUUGGCUGGCACCGAGUCCCAAACAACUCAAACAGGAGGAGAAACUGCUGAAGGAAAGGAAGAGGAGGUGAACAAGAAUGUCACUCCAGAAGAAGCAUUCAAGGCUGUUACUGUUGAAGGGCCCGAGCUUUUGAACCAAAUGCACACCUCCGCAAUGACCUAUCCAAAUACAUACGACAAAUUCCUCAACAACAUGGACAUGAAUCGUAUUCCACACCUCUACUGCUUCGACCACUCGCGUGUUGAGUUGGCUCCACAGGAUGGGAAGGAUGACUUCUAUAAUGCUUCAUGGGUUGAUGGAUACAGCAAGAAAUCCGCCUACAUCUUCGCUCAAGCUCCAUUCAACGACCACACCGAGUAUGUUUUCUGGAGAAUGGUGUCUGAAAGGAAACCGUCGAUGAUCCUUGUCUUCGGUGACAUUGAUGAGAAGCAAAAACGCAAGGCUCCAUAUGACAUCUCGGAUCGUGGAUUUGAAAAGUCAUUCCUUCAUGAAUUCGGAGCCAAGAGUCUGGAAGAAUGUGAGCUCAAAGCCAAGAUCUGUCGUAAAUUUUGGCCGGAAAAAGGAUCGAAGAAAGAUUUUCCCGCAUUGUCGAUUCAAGCAUCAGAUGAUCAUUCGGAGACUCAUAUGAAGACGUUCAAUCUGACAGUCACUGAGAAGAAACAAGAUCAUCAAACUGUUCUCAUGCAUUUCUAUGAGUGGGCGGAUGCAUCCAAGUUGCCGGAGUACAUGUUGGAUAUGAGAGCUUCGAUCAAACUGCAAUACAUUCGUAGUUCUAAGAAGACUGGUGUCUGCAUUGGUCCGAUUAUGCUCGUUUGUGCCACUGGAGUUGAAAAAUGCGCAAUUUAUGCAACAAUUGACAUCAUUGUGAGCCGCAUCACCGAGGAGCACAGAGUCGGAUUCAAGGAAACAAUGUCGGCAAUCAAGAUGCAGAGAUUCGGAUGUUUCCGUACUGUUGGGCCAUACUCGACUGCUUGUGAAAUGCUCAUGAAGUUUGCUGUCACAACUGGUGUUGUACACGAUGCAGCGAUUGGAGAGAAGCCGAAGCCACAAAAGUCAAUUGUUGGAAAGGGACCGAAGAGUGGAUUUAUCACUAAGAAGAAGCCAUCCGGAAAAUAGAACUCGCUAGAUUUAUAAAUAAAGUUUUGUCAGGAACUUUUUUACUAACAAAAAAUCUUACGUUUGGCUUAUCUUAUGUUUGAUUGUAAAAUUAGCAAUAGGCAGGUAAUUCUUCAUGUAUAAGUGCCUACCUCGUGCAUAAAUUAUACCGGCCUGAAUUCUGAAUCAUGUUUGUAAGGGCCUGCGUCUCAACCAUCUAACAUAUUCUUGCCUUACUACUCACCGUUCCUACUUGCCUAUGUGACUGCAUCAUGCCUACCUCGUGUCUACUUUUCUUCUGUGUGUUCUAUUUGAAACUCUGGAAGAAACAAUUUCCGAAUUUGGUCCUGUAAGCGCCGAGUUUCAAACGUUCAAAAAUGUUUUAAUAAAAU